ACUAAACAUUCUCAUCGCCCUCAUCGCAUGGUUACGGGAUCACUCCUAGUCGGAAAAACGGGAAAAACAAUAAAAAAGUGCCUCACUGUUUUCACAACUUCCGAAGAUUAUGCUUUCGAAUUCGAAAGCCCCCUAAAAUAUGCUUCAUAAGAACGCUAAACCGAACUACAGGCGCACCGUGAAGACGAUAGGAAAGUAUCUUCUUGCUGCUGAGGCCAUUGGAUGUGCUGUUACUUUCGCUGGCUGGUACAGGCUCAACACCAACAGAGAUUUCCGUCAUUAUAUAAGAGAAAACUAUCCGCUGCUACUGGAAGGUUACUAUCAAGUAGGAGAAUACAUCAGUGGAGAUCGAUCAAUUCGGAACCACGACGAUAACGUUUGGAAUCAGGAACAAAAGACCAUUGCAAUAAAUCCUCCAUCCAAUACUGCUGCUGCUGGUCAGCGCCGAUCAUGA